AUGACGCAGCAAUCUCCAAGUGGGCAGCACUCGCCUCCGCCUGCGCAGCAACGACCGCGAGGCAUUCUAAAGAACUCCAACUCCUACCAGCGGUCAAACUCACAAGCCGGGAUAACGCCACUCAGCCCAUCAGGUCCAGCCCCUCUCCAACCCGUGUCCUCUGCCGAACGACCUGAGCUCAACCGCGAGAUGUCCGAGAAGGAAAUCACUCUGCAAAACACCCAAGCGAACGCUGGUCCCGGCCAUCGCCGGUCAUCCUCUAAUCCCCGCGGUCCACCAUCACGCCGUCAAUCUGGCAUCCCGCUCCAGGGCUCGUUCGCCGACGAGAACAGCCCGAGGCUGAAGUGGGACGAAGCGAAUCUCUACCUCACCGAGCAGCAGCGGGACAGCACGAUGAAGAUCACGGAGCCCAAGACGCCGUACGCCAGGCAGUACGAUCCGACCGAAGACGAGGAGGAGAUGAGUGCGCUGAACGCGGACGAGUUGAUGGUGGACGAGCUGGACAAGGCGAAGCCGCAGAAGAAGCCGACGCGGGAAGACGAAAUCCCAGACAUCGACAUUGGUGAGCCGGAGCUGGGGCAGCAGAGGGGAGAACACACGCCGGAUAGCGAGAAGAGGGUCGUUGUGGAAGAGGACAUGACCGAUAUUGGUACACACCAUGGCGAGGAGGAGGAUAUGACGGCAGAGGAGAGGGAGAAGCAUAGGAAGUUUGAGGAGAUGCGGAGGAAGCAUUACGAGAUGAGGAACGUGAAGAACCUCUUAGGCCAUCCGGAAGACCUGGACGACGAUGACGAGGAUGGCCAGCCAUUACCUCCAGCGAGAGAUUCUAACAUCCCAAACGGCCAGUGA